ACCCACAUAUUUCCUGUCACUGCGCAUGCGCCGUCCCGUUAACGCUUCCUCUUCUCUGCUGCUCAUCACAGUCUGGAGGUUUAAGUUUUUAUUCCACGGUCUGUUUUUGCUCAGAAAGAAGUCGUUGAGUGUCUUUUAUGAGUAAUCAAAGGCAGCAGAAGCCUACGCUAACAGGCCAGCGUUUCAAAACCAGAAAAAGAGAUGAAAAGGAGAGGUUUGACCCCUCCCAGUUCCAGGAAAGCAUCAUACAGGGUCUGAACCAAACUGGCACAGAUUUGGAAGCUGUCGCAAAGUUCCUCGAUGCAUCUGGUGCCAAGCUUGACUAUCGACGCUAUGCUGAAACUCUGUUUGACAUCCUGGUGGCUGGUGGAAUGCUGGCCCCAGGGGGGACCCUGUCAGAUGACGUGACCCCCACUGAGUUCUGUCUCUUCAAAGCAAACGAGGACAUAGAGACCAUGCAGGCUUAUGCACAGGUCUUUAACAAGCUCAUCAGGCGUUACAAAUACUUGGAGAAAGGUUUUGAGGAGGAGAUCAAAAAGCUGCUGCUGUUUCUCAAGGGCUUCUCGGAGUCUGAGCGCAACAAGCUGGCCAUGCUAACAGGGAUUCUGUUGGCCAACGGCAAUAUCUCUGCUUCCAUUCUCAGCAGCCUCUUCAAUGAGAACCUCGUCAAAGAAGGUGUUUCAGCAUCCUUCGCUGUAAAACUCUUUAAAUCCUGGCUUUCUGAAAAGGACAUCUGCUCCGUUGCUGCCAGUCUCCGAAAGGUUGGCAUGGACAACAGGCUCAUGGAGCUGUUCCCUGCCAACAAGCGCAGUUGUGAGCACUUCUCAAAGUACUUCACAGACGCUGGGCUCAAGGAGAUUUCGGACUUUGCCAGGAACCAGCAGUCCAUAGGGGCUCGCAAGGAGUUACAGAAAGAGCUUCAGGAGCAGAUGUCACGUGGGGACCCGCUCAAAGAUAUCAUCGCCUACGUCCGAGAGGAAAUCAAGAAGAACAACAUCUCCGAGCAGACGAUGAUUGGACUAAUUUGGUCCAGCAUUAUGAGCUCGGUGGAGUGGAACAAGAAAGAGGAGCUGGUCACAGAACAAGCCAUCAAACACUUAAAGCAAUACAGCCCCCUUUUGAAGGCGUUUACCUCCCAGGGUCUCUCUGAGCUGACUCUCCUGCUGAAGAUCCAGGAGUACUGUUAUGAUAACAUCCACUUCAUGAAGGCUUUCCAGAAAAUUGUUGUCCUGCUCUACAAAGCUGAUGUUUUGAGUGAGGAGGCGAUUCUGAAGUGGUACAACGAAGCCCACCUUGCCAAAGGAAAGAGCGUGUUCCUUGAGCAGAUGAAAAAGUUUGUGGAAUGGUUGAAGAACGCAGAGGAGGAAUCUGAGUCUGAGGAGGAGGAGGCAGACUGAGGACCUCUCGCUCUAACUACCACCUUCAUUUCUAUUUAACAUUAACAAACAUUAGAGGACUGUCUUUAUUUCUUUAUGUUGUUCCUUUUCUACGUCCUACCUCCUCAUAUCUAGUUAAACUGUAAUGUAAGGGCUCAAAAAUGGUUCUUAUUUCUGACAUGUUUUCUUUCUGAAUCUAUGCUUGUACUCUUCUUUACACUCCUCCAGGAGCUGGUCACAGUGCCACGUUUAGCUGAAUAGAUCAUAACCCCUUUCAGGCAACAAAGGGGGCCUUUUUCUUUUUUUCUUUUUUUUGGGGGGGAUACAUGGUUCCCUUUAAAAUUAGCCUGUUUGGAGGCACAUUUCACAGCUAUUAUAUUUAGUCAUGGAGCUCUUAUUUCCCCGAGGCCCAUCUGUGUUACCAUGAUAUCUUUCUGCUCUGAAAGGGAAACUCUUCUGUAACUUCAUUCAAAUUCUGCCAAUCAUGUGACAGACUUUCAAUUUUGGCCAGUUUUAUGUAGAUUCUGUCGGUGAUGCAGAUGUGCCAUUUCAAACACUAAUGGUUGCAUUGCCCCCUGAAAUGACUCUUAAAUUGUUCUAUACAUCUUCUGUAACAGAGCCCCUCUAGCAUUGUACUUUUUUUUUUCCUUUACCAUACAGUUUGACUUUUUGAAAUAAAUGAAAAUAAAUGGUUUUCAUUA